AUGACUGACCAAAAGGAAAUUAAGGAAGAUUUGGGAAAAUCCAAAUCAAGGGCACAUGUCCUUCAAAUCGAUCGAGACUAUUUUAAUCCCUAUAAUGGAUCACAUUGGAGCAUAUCCACAUUCCUUUAUGACAUGGCUAUGUGCUUGUUCAAUAUCAUGUUUACAAUAUUUUUUAGAGAAAUUAAGGUUCGUGGUGCAUGCAAUAUGCCUCAACAAGGUGUCCCCACAAUCUUGGUAUGUGCCCCACAUGCCAAUCAAUUCAUUGAUCCCAGUCUUGUGAUGUUGGAAACACGGAAAUUGACUAGUGGUAGAGGUAGACAGGCAUGUUUUGUGACUGCAGAAUCCAGUAUGAAAAUGAAAAUUGUUGGAUUUUUUGGAAGAAUUAUGGGUAGUAUACCUGUUCCUCGUGCCCAAGAUUAUUUAGAACCUGUGGAUCCAAACAUCGAAAUAUAUUGUCCUGAUUUUGAUAAUGAACCAACCUUGAUUGAAGGCCGUUGUAUAGAAGACCCAUCUAAAUCUCCAGAGUUUACCACUCACUUCAUGGCCAAAUCCUUGUUGGGUUUACCAGAUUAUUUAGCUAAUGCCCAAAUUAAAGAGGUCGUAGAUGAUAAAACAAUAAUUCUUUCAUCUCCAUUCAAAUCAUCUAAUCCUCGCGUAGCAAAAUUAUUAAAAGAUGGUACAAAUUUUAAAUAUGCUAAAAAAGUUGAUAACUCAAAAGUUUUCCAAAAUGUAUUCAAUCAUUUACACUCAAGUGGCACUGUUGGCAUUUUUCCUGAAGGUGGGUCUCAUGACAGACCAUCUCUGUUACCAAUCAAAGCGGGGGUAGCCAUCAUGGCAUUGGGUGCUGCUGCUGCUGACCCAAAUAUGAAGGUUUAUGUGGUUCCUGUUGGGUUACAUUAUUUCCAUAGACACAAAUUUAGAUCCAGAGCUGUUAUUGAAUAUGGUGAACCAAUCAUUGUGGAUGGAACCAUGGGUCAACAAUAUUUGGAAUCUCCAAGGGAAACCACUUCAACAUUGUUAAAUAAAAUCACUGAAUCACUAUAUUCCGUUACUGAGAAUGCACCAGACUAUGAUACUUUAAUGACCAUCCAAGCUGCCAGAAGGUUAUUUCAAUCAUAUGAAAUACCUGAACACAGAUUAUCAUUACCUUUAAUUGUGGAAAUUAAUAGACGUUUGUUAGUUGGAUAUUCUAAAUACAAAGAGGAUCCUAGAAUCAUCAAAUUGAAAGAAAUGGUUACUGCUUAUAAUGAUAUAUUGUAUUCUUAUGGACUAAAAGAUCACCAAGUUGAAAAAUUACAAUCUUCUACAACUAAAGAUGUUAUCCGCUGUUUUUUUCUUUUAAUCGAAAGAUUAGCCAGGUUACUUGUAUUUUUCGUUUUAUCGUUACCAGGUUCGGUUUUAUUUACUCCCAUCUUCAUUGUCAGUAAUGUUUAUUCCAAGAAAAAACAACGUGAGGGGUUAAAGAAAUCUGUGGUGAAAUUGAAAGGUUUAGAUUUAUUGGCUACUUGGAAGAUCAUUGUAGCUUUAUGUUUGGCACCUAUCCUUUAUGUUACAUAUUCUCUAAUCCUAAUUUAUACACAAUGGCUAUGGGUACCUUCAAUAAUAUUAAAUUCUACAAUUGGUCAAUUUAUCUAUUUUUACUCAAUUCUGGUAUUAACCACAUAUUCUAGUCUAAAAACAGGUGAGAUUGGAAUAGAUUUGUUGAAAUCAUUGCGUCCAUUAUUUGUUUCAUUGUUUUAUCCAAAUGACAAGAUUACAAAACUAAAAUCUAUGAGGAAAGAAUUGUCACAUGAGAUCACACAUAUCUGUGAUGAGUUAGGGCCUACUGUAUUCCCAGAUUAUGAGAAAUUUAAAACCUUGAAUGAUUUUGAGGGAAUGGCCUCUUUAGAUUCAACUUUGAAGCCCGUACAACCCAGAAGCCGUUCAAGUUCAAUUCAUUCUAUUGGGUCAAUCUUAUCUAAUGCUUUAUCCCGAGUCAAUUCUCGUGGUUCCCUAUCAGAUAUUCCAAUUUUCCAUGACUCAAGACCGCCAAGUUACAUUGCAGGUUCCACAACAAACAGAGAAGAUGUCGAUAGCAGUGAUGAAGAGGAAUUCGAAGAUGAGACGCAUUGUAAUGAGGAGAAUGCUAGUGAGUUAAGGGCUAGAAACCAAUCAAAGAUUACUAAUUUAAUUAGAGAGAAAUGGAAGGACCAAGAUUAA